GGCGAUCGAGUGGAUGCAUGGUCUGCAGUGUGUGGCGGGUCUCCUGGUGCUGACCAUCAUCGCUGGCGCCCUCUACCGCUCGGCCAACCUGUACCACCCCAGGAGGAAAGUUAUCCUCCACCUGAAGAGCCAGAAGAAGAACAGACGGGACAGAGAAGCUGAGAAGCCUCCCUACCUCGACUUCAGCGCCCUUAGGAUGAGCUCCCUUAGGGCCCUUAUCGUCAUAUCUACUGUUAUUGGGAUGGGGAUCCAUGUUCCAUUCGUUCUACUGCCAAAGACUGCUGAGUCACAUCACCAGAACAAGGACAGAUUGUUCCUGCUCAAUGUCUAUGUCGGCAUGGGCUUUGUUGUUGGCUGCAUAGGUCUAGGAUACAUCACCAUCAGGAAUAGUAAUGAGUGCUACAUAUCAAGGCGUCACUUGUGCCAGACCUCAGCUAUUCUCUGUGGAUUGUUUACUCUGCUGCUUCUUUUGGCAACUGAUGAAACCUCAUUUGCCUUGUAUGCAUGGGCCUAUGGCAUAUGUUGUGGUAGCUAUUAUUAUAGUUUAAAAACCUACGUGUAUGAGCUGGUGAAGAUCAAGUUGAUGGAGCGAGCUUGGAGUUUUCUAUGUGCUGCUAGCAGCUUCCCUAUGUUGUUUGGUGCCCCCGCUGCAGCAUUUCUCAAUGACACUUACGAGUCCAAAAGUGCUGGCUACAUCUUUUCCGGGGUGACCAUGCUGCUUGGAGGUGUUCUUUUCUAUGCCAUGCCCUUUUUUGAGAGGCACCCGUCCAACCACGAAAUCCUUCAAAAACACAGCAGCUGCCAGUACACUGCCAACAUGACUGAGGUCGCAGCCCUGCUAGACAUUGACUUCUCCGAGGGCUGCCCCAGCGGCAAGCACAACCAAGUGGUAAACAAUGGCCACACCCCCAUCAAACUCAGCAAGCAGAGCAGCAGCAGUUCCAACAGUAAAGGAGACGGCGGGGGAGUGCGGGUGCAGCUUCAGUGCUUCGUCCAGCACAAAGAACGGGAUAAACCCAAACAGGCAGUUCUCACGAAAAUCGCCGAAGAGAAAGAUGGCCUCAAAAGUAACGGCUCAGCGACAGAUUUUACCAAAAAAGGAGCAGCGGGCACCAACAACCAGGUGGAGCUGAGUGUCACAAAGGCAGACUACUCCGAGUCCAUAACCGACGGACCUUCUGACAGCACCUUUUCUAAUAACACGGAAAAGUCCAGCAGUAAGGAGAGUGGAGAGAGAGGCUAUGGGAAACUGGAGGGGAAAAAGAGCAAGAAAAAUGAUGUCAGGAUUGACUUAUUUGAUCCACCGAGCCAAGAGAAAGAGUCCACAGCCACAGUGUCCUAUGACAGUGACUUGUACAUUAACUUAUGUGAGGCGCAGGUGUGAUUCCAGAUCAAUCAUUUGUAGAUUAUGGCUCUGAUUUCAGAUGAGUCAUUUGUCCAUUACUGUCUGAUUUUAGAUCAAUGAUUUGUACAUUACUGGUCUGAUUUUAGAUCCAUGAUUUGUACAUUACUGGUCUAAUUUCAGAGCCAUAAUUUGUACAUCAAAGGUCUGAUUUUUUAUCAGUAAUUUGUAAAUUACACAUCUGAUUUCAAAUCAAUGAUUUGUACACUACACAUCUGAUUUCAAAUCAAUGAUUUGUACACUACACAUCAGAUUUCAAAUCAAUGAUUUGUACACUACACAUCUGAUUUCAGAACAAGGCUGUGGGUGCCUUAUUAUUUUCAUUUUAGUUUUGUUCCUACUUGUGUAUUACAUGUUUGCUGAAAAACAAAUUGUCAAAUGUGAAUUAUUUUCUAUGUGACAUUCCAAAAAUACUUCUGUAGGAAAGUUUCAAAAGUUAGGGUAAAAAAAAUAAUUGAAGUGCUUUUGAAAAGUAUCAGUGUUAAAGAAUUUAUGUUUAAAUAUAUAUUUAUAUAACAUCCAGAAAAAGAUUUUUUUAAAAUAUAUUUCUUAUGUAUACAAUUAUGUCAUAUUUAAAUGUCAUUUAAAAGGUUAUUUUGUUUUACAAAAUAUAUUUCUGUAAAGACUGUCUUUUUUUUAAAGAAUUAUUUGAAACAUUUCAAUAACGUUGUUUGUGUUCAUUUUAUCAUUACAUGACAUUAAAUUUGUUGCAUUAACAGCUAAAAACUUUUUAUACCAAAGUAAUGUUAUAUGCUCUUAACUGAAUCGUACAUAACUUUCAUCAAAAUAGUUUUAAAAUUUAAAAAAUACAAAGGUAACAUAAAUAUUGCAAAGUAAAACCUGGUUUUUUUCAGAUAAAUUGAAAAUUAAUACAGUCUUGGUAAAAUAAGUUUGACAUCCCAGGUUUUAACCUUAACAUUCAUGUAAAUAAAAUUAUUGGUCAACUUCUGUCAUAAAUUCAAAACUAGCAUGUUGCUUGUUCUUUAAUGUGUAAAAACACAUAACUAAUGCGAUCACAUAUUACCUGUAAAAAAUGUAUUGAUAAUGUUUAUUUUCUGUUUAAAUUAAAUGUUUUUUAUACAAAUAGUAAAUAUUCAGUUUCAGACUACUGUUUUCUAAUGUAUUGGUGGUUCUAUCAUAGCUCCAUCAUGUAGAAACCAACAAAUAUAUCAAAUGUAUUGAUACUUUAUUUUUAUUCUUUUAGUCAACAACAAUCUCUUAUACUAAACAAUAGCUCUCUCAACAUAACCUUUGUAUAGGCUGUUGUUUGAGUAUUAUAAUAUUAUUAUGUGGUUGUUGCAAGCAAUUUAAUAUGAUAUACACAUAUCCAUCAAAUUCAAAGGAAACCAAAUUUUGUUCAUCAAAGUGUCUAUAUUGUUAGUUAGAUUUAACUUUAGAACAAUAAAGUGCAGAUGUCAUUUUAGAAUAUUUAAUUAAUUGAAUUAAAUUCAAAAUAAGUAUUGAUUUAAUUAGACACUCAAAUCUUUCAUUUAAAGCUUAAGUUUAUACAAAUAUUUUUCUUUUACUUAAGAUAUAAAAAAAAGAUUAUCAAAAUUAACUAUUUAACUGUGCCAUUAAAAUGUUUUGGGCAACAAAAAAACAUUUUAUGUUACAUUCCCUUUAGAGAGUGGCUUCCAUAAAUAUUGUUGCACCUUUUAGUUAAGGACCAGAUUAUCUAUUAUCUGUCAAGUUUUACAUUUCCUGCAAUCCCUUACUUCCCUGCCCAGCAUCAGAAAUAUAAUAGGCCAAAAUUCUUUAAUAUAAUAUUUUUAAAAUGGUAGGUACAUAACUCUACAAUAGUUUCAUUUAGUCACCACCCCUAACCUCAACUUCUUCUUUACUUUUUAUCCACUAUAAAGCAUACCAUGAUUUAUGGAAGCUACCCAUUGUAAAUUUUUAAUGUAUAAGUGUUCAUGAUGGUUUUUAACUAACAUUAACUUACGGACAAAGAGAAGAUAUUUUCAUCUCAGCAUCAAAACAAAGGGAUUUGGCGCCUGUUUAUUUUACAACUAACUAUAUAUUUCAAUACAUAUAAAUAUUGAUCAGAAAGAUAACAAUUUACAUGAAAUAAUUAUCUGUAAUUCAUUGCUAUGUUUAUUGUACAAUAAAUGGUUUUCUGCGUCAGCCUACAACUAAUUACAGUUGAUUAUUAGAGUAUCUGUAAAGCAAAUAUUUAAGUCAAUAGCUUAUACUUGUUUCCAAAUUAAAUUUAAGAAUGAUUAUAAAUUUUUACAUUUUAAUGUGUCAAUUAUAUUAUUAUAACAAAUGUAUUUAUUUUUUAUUUUUUUUGCAGCAUGUUCUUUUUUUGCCUGUCAAUUUAAAUGAAUAAGCUUUCAACAACAGAAAAUGUUAAAAAAAUCAACAUUCUGAUUAAUAAUUUUAAGAUCACACAAUCAAACUUUAAAAACAAAAAUUGUUUUAAAUUACAAACUAUUCCAAAGAUGUUUUUGUAAAUUUCUAAAGUUUUCUAUUUUCUGAUAAACACACUUUAUUGUCAGUGCUGCUAAAAAAACAUUCACAUUUUAGAUGGGAAUCAUAUAAUUUACCACGUUCUCUACAGCCAAACAUGCACACCAUGUUAUGAUUAUUGUUAUGUCUCAUGCUGUAUUUAAAUUUCUACUGUAUUCGUGUGCAUAUUUUUCUGUAGCCUAAACCUUGCUUUCUGAUAAUAAUUUUAUUUCUUUUCAAGUAAACAGUUAAUUGUAAAUUGUGUUAAACAGUUUGUAAUUUUUAUACUGAUAGGUAAAUGGAUAUGAAUGUACUAUUUUAUUUAUUAUUAAUGUUUUAUUUAGAUAUAGAUCUAUGUGUGUUGAAACUAAGUCUAACAGGAUUAUGAAAAUAUUUGCAGAACUAUUAAACCAAAGUAACAUUUAAUUCAAAUGAUUGCAGAGAAAACAUUCGUGUAAAAUACAUCAUGGUCUUAGUAGUCUUAUAUUGUUAUUACUUAGCAAACUAAAAGUAAAACUGAUAUUCAUUUUUAUAAAGAUCAGAUCUAAAUAUUAAAUCUAUUAUGUGCCAUGUAAAGCUUUAUAAUAAAAUAUCAUUUUUCCAAAAUGCCUUAUCUUUUUAAUAAAACAGCAAAAUAAAAAAUUUAAAAACUACUACCAACUUUUCGUCUGAAGCUGAAAGACAGUUUUUGUGGGCAAUAGUUAUUACAAAUUAAUGUUAUUUAUGAUAAUUUACGUUGUUUUCCGGACUUCUAGGGCGUGCUAGAUUCCUAGCUUAUUUCACACAUCAUAAAACAUGGCUUUUUUUUAAAAACUGCUCUUUAAGGGAAAUAAUCCUGAAAAAUAAAUUAUAAUUGCUUAUCCUUUUAACAUUGUUAUUGUUCUUUGCUUAAAUUAUUUUAAAAGCUUUACAUUUACAAAUAGAAGCAAUUAAAUUUAAAUACAACUGCAUUAGGUGAACAACAUUAUUCCCAGAUUAUAAGUUCUGAACUCGCAAAUUGAAUAAGCUGAUAAAAAAAUUAACUCAAUAUUGUAAACUAAAAUAAUGCCUAAUGUUAAGUCUUUGAUAUAAUAAUAAAAUUAUUUUAAAUUUUUUUUUCCAAAACAAUUAAAAACAAAAACAAAAUUUUGGUGUCAUCUGUUGCAAGGUGAUAGCAAAGUUAAUUUAUUUUUGGCAUGAAUAUGCAAAAAAGAGUUGCCUACUGUUUUAGUUAUCAAUUAGAUUCUAUAGUACAAGACAAAAAGAAGGAAAUAAUGAUCUAAUUACCAUAUAUGUAUGAAAAAAAAUUAACUAAAUAUCAUCAAUGUUUCAUAAAAUAUAAAUAGUUGCUGUCAGACACAUCAUGUUUAUCUAUCAAUACAAUUGAGUAAAAAGUGUAUACGUUUGCAUCCCCACAUUGCACUGAAAAAAUGCUGAAGAGCUGACAGUAUGUGUACUGUGUAUCAUGUCAAUACAUUCUCACAAAAUACAUAAUAUAUAUACAUAAGGUAUAUUAUUUUUAUAAAGUCCCACAACCACUUGUUUAUAUUUUCCAUAAAAUGUGAAUCUGAUUGACAGGAUGUAUGAAGUUACAAGUUCUUAUCCAUCAAAAGUGUUAGUAUUGAGUAGAAUUGUUUUAAGGCAAAUUUGGCUGUGAUUUUUUUUUUAUUCAAGAGGGAGCAAAUGUGAACUAAAAUAUGUAAUUUCAAAUUAAAUGUUUGAAUUGUUUACUUGAUGUUUAUGAAUUAUGAAGAAAACAAUAUAUAUUGCAACAAUUAAAAAUUGUGCAUAAUGAAUAACAUACAAAUAUUGCUCCAAACUAAACACAAGUUGUUUUUUUUCGUUUCACUUAUUUUUAAAUGUUUCAAAACUUUGACUAAUCUAUAACUAUGUUAUUAUGUGUUUACGUUACAUUAAUUAAUUGAAAAUGAAUCUUCAUUUCACAUUUCAUUCCAUUACUGAUAACAGAGUCUAUGUCCAGUUCUGGUCAUAUAAUAAUUUCACAUUGCUUGUAAGCUAAAUUUUUUUCUUAUUGAUGUAUCUGAAAAUUAUAAUGUGUUCAGAAUAAUUUUAUUACAGUCUAAAGCAGUAACAAAUGUCACAUUGUAUACGCUUCAUCACUGCUUUGUUUUCUAGUAUGGUGUAUCUUUAUAACAAAAAUCAAGUUUUUGUUCAAUAUGACUGAGUUGCUUUGAUUUCAAUGUUUUGAUUUUUUUUUUAUGAAUGAAGAAUGAACAGCAAAGAAUGU